GCAUUGAAGUAUUUCACAGACCUAGAAGUUUGCCCUUCGACAGCACAAUGGCGGCCAUGGCGAAGAAACUCAAUCCACUUAUGCUCAAAGGAGCAGAGUUGGCAAAAGCACAACAGCCAAGGUUAAUUCGGUAUUGGAAUAUUGCCAAGGUGGAGUUUGCUCCCCCUGGUCUGGCUGAUGGUCCACAGAUAUCAAAGGGAUUUAGGCAAGCCAUUGAUUACAAAAGAAUUCCUUCCCUGACUAUGAAGCAAGUGAUAAUAAAUGGCUUUGUGUGUGCGGAAAUAUUUGUAUUGUAUCAUAUUGGAAGAAUAGUGGGCAAACGCAGUCUGGUCGGCUUCAGUAAGAUUGAGGGCUGCAACUCAUUCAGUGCUAUGAAAAAAACAUAGUCAAAUUCUACAGCAGCUGGGAGAAAAUCUUCAGCUACAUUAAAAGAAAAAUCUUGAAAAUGGAGUUGAGAACGGGACUAAUGCCAUUUCUUUCUUUUUUGUCAGUCAUGAUUUGGCAUUCUAACUGUUAAAACAGUAUCACUGUGGACGUUUGAACAUUUUUGAUUGUGACUUUGUAAUUAUUGAUCAAAAGUUGUUAUAUCUGAUGUGAAGAAAUUAAAAAUUGGUCUUAUAC